AAGGGGCGUGAAGUUUCGUGCUAACACCUAGCUUCAAUGUAAUAAUCUGUUGGGACUCUGGUUCAUUCUUGGCGGUGCAUACCUGGCAGAAACCAUAUAAAUUAUGCUGCUGAUUCUAAGGGCAAUAUUCUUAGUAGACCGAGACUAGUUAGUUCUGUGAGCCGAAGUGGUUAGCAGGUUGGCGGAAGAAAACAACGCUUAGAGGAAUAAGUGAUGGCACUUCAAUGCUAACGUUGCUAGUUAGCUUCUCCGGCUACCUAGCUCAACCAUCUGGGUAGCGAAAAUGAGUGGAACACUAGCUGAGCUGCGUUAGCUAGGAGGUAUGAUAAUCUUUUCAUAGCAGCGUCGUUCCAAAUUAGACUUACAGGAGCAUUAAAGCUGUACAUAAAUCAACUAUUAGGCUAGUUUGGCUAAACCUGGCUCGUGUUAGGAGGCAAAGUGUAGUUAUAACUCGGUUCUUCGCUGACACCCCGCCGCCUUGCACCAGCAGACUUAACGGGUCAGCAGCUAGCAGCUACUGGGCAUUGUGUAGUAUGUAGCCACGGCAUACUAACCAUCCAUCUGGGAAGUUUUUGACCGCUCAUAACGUCACAGCAACAUUUGAACAGCGUAGUUGGAGCUGCAUAUAAGGCGCAUAAAACACUGUCAUGGUUAGAAACCGUUGUUAACUUGUCACGUUGAGGAAGGGGCCCUGCAUAUCGCUCUGGGUCGUCUUAACAUUGUGCUAGUUGGCUCGGCUUAUGUCGCCUCAGCUUGAUUGAUUUGGCCAAAAUUAAUUUCAAUCAUGUAAAGCCGGGUAAAGUUCGACGGUCAGUAAUGUAGCUUUACUGAGCUGGGCCGCCAUUUCAGGUUCAUGAAGCCGUGACGGGCAGCAUUGUCGAGCAGAAUGAACAACUCCGGAGUCAUGCCACAAGAAAAGAUGGAGCUGGACCUGGAAAUCCCAGCUGCCUUAGUCCAAAGCGAUGGACACCUGAGGAGAUCAAACAGUGCACCCAUGAUUAAUGGAUUGAGCGAUAACGCUCAAGUCUUCCAGAGAGAGAUCCUACGUUGUCGCAGGAACAGCACUACGGUUGUCAACAGACCCAGCAUGGUCCCUUCAUCCCCCAUCCGCGUGCCCAGCACCAGGCUUCACCAGAUAAAACAAGAAGAGGGAGUCGACUUGAUGAACAGAGAAACUGCUCACGAGCGGGGAGUUCAAGUCGCCAUGCAGAUGAGCCACUCUUGGGAGGAAAGCCUCAGUCUGAGCGACAACGACAUGGAGAAGUCUUCGUCUCCGAAGCGGAUCGACUUUGUGCCCGUGUCGCCUGCGCCGUCCCCGACCAGAGGAAUAGGAAAAAAGCAGUGUUUCUCUCCUUCGCUACAAAUACUUGUCAGCAGCAACGGUCUAACGCCCAGCCCGAUACCCAGCCCAACACGCCGGUUUAGCCGACGGAGUCAAAGUCCGAUCAACUGCAUCAGGGCCAGCAUCCUCGGCCCGAUGAAGCGCAAAGCUAAAGAUCUUUGUGAAAAUACAGGGGAGAUGGAGACGGAAAGCCAGCCUAAGAGACUCUUCCAGGGAACCACCACCAUGCUGUCGUCUGACAUGUCCAACCUGUCAGACCUCAGCUCCUGCCACUCUCCAGAUUUGCUGGACGGGAGUCUCAGCAGCAUCGGCUCCUCCACGGACUCCCCGGGAAAGAUGGAGGGCGUGUCCCCUUCGUCAUCCAGCAACUCGCCCUUCACCUCCCUGCAGGAUUUGUCUCCGAAGUGACCAGCAGCGAUGGCCACCAUCUUGUGCGUUUCGGGGGGGAAAAAAACGGCGUCUUCCUCAACCCAAUUGAUCCCAUUUAGGCCCGCAUCUAGUUUACAUGGACCAUUUUCUUUUUUCGUUUCCAUAUUUGCCUCUGUACCACUGUUGCCAUGGCUACUCUCUAAGAGGCUGUAGACGGGUUCAGGUUGAGGAAUCUAAAGCCACGCAUCUGUUUGGGUAUCGGAGGUUACGUCUGAGCGACACUGACUGAAGACACUGUGAGCGGCAGCUGCUACUUGACCGUCUGAGGUGAUGCCUGGUUGCUGAAUGGUGUGGUGUAUUACUGGCUUUACUGCCAUUUUGUCCCACAUGUCCCCAAUCACCUCAGAGAUACGCCGAGUAUUGGACAAAAAGACUGAUCCUGUUUUAGUGCUGGAAAGCUUUGUCCCAUAUGCCUUUGUAUGUACACAGUCUGCAGAUUUUAUUAUUUUUUUGUGUAAGAAAAGAUUUAACUUAUUGUUUUCCUGCUUUGUUGUGUAAGUAUGUACAUAUGAAUCUAGUAUAUGUAUAGUUUUACAUUUGGCUGUGAGGUGAAUGUAGGCACACGUUUUCUGGGGUACAGCUACGGAGAGUUCCUCUUUUGUUUCUUUUUGGAGAAGAUUUUUCAGAAUAUUUUUGAUUAUAGACUGUGAACUGUGGUGACCUUUUUUUGGGGCGGGGGGCAGAUUUUUAGUUAUUUGCUGCGACCAUAACAACCCAGACGGAGCGAGCGAUGCAACGAGCAGGAACUUGUGAGCGAAACCUGUUCAUUUCUGGUAGUCUUUCAACACUAAGAGGUUGUGUUUUUUGUAGGUAUGGAAAGUGUUAAAGAUUACCCCUCAUUCUUCAGGCAAAGUGUUUAUGGACAAAAUAUAUGUAUAUAUAAUUGAAUGUUGAUAGGUUUUUUCUUAAAUCGGACAAAACUUUAAGAAUGCUAAAAGGAAAACAGAACCAUCCCAUUGGGAAUGAAGAGACUGCUGUUGCUGCCAUGUUUUAGGUGCGUUGCACAGGAUGCUCAUCCAGCCUGUGUCCUAGUCUUAAGCAGGAAAGAUGUAAAAGUUUUUUUUGUUUUUCUUUUGGUUUUGAGGAAAAACAAAAUGCAGAGAUUCAAGCCUGCACUGUGAUAUUUUGCACCAAAAUGUAAUCGUUGGGUUCUGCUGGGUCCGUGUCCGUACUCUCCCGUGUUUACGCUUCCUCAACCUCCGUUGCUCUGUCGCCUUAAAUGUUCAUGUACAAAAUGAAUUGAUUGUAAAUCAUUUCAUGUAAGUGAUCCCUUUUUAAUUUAAAGAGGUUUGGUUUCAGAUCUUUUA